UAUAACUUAUUGCUACUUUUAAUAUAUAUUUUGAACUUUAGUUAUUAUUGCUUUAAAGUUAAAAUGUCUUGGUGCCGAGCAGUAUGGUUGGAGGGAUCAACAAAAGAAGAGCUGACAAUCCCGUCAGUUUGGAUUGAAGGAACAGUAAAUGAAAAACAGUUUGUGAGGUGGCCCAAUGGUAUCAAUGUUUUAAAAGCAUGUAAACAGCAGGCAAUACCACAUAAUGAUUGAUUUUCCUUUCCACUCCUUAAGGAAAAAUGUCGUCAUACUGUAUGUCCUGAAGAGCCCAUGUUUAUUAGAGCUAGAUCGCAAUCCCCUUACGAUGUAUCUUCACAUUGUUCUGCUUUUCCAAAUCCUGGUUGUCCCCCUCUUGCUAUUACAGAGCCACGUUCUAAGCAAGCAGUUUCAAAAUCAUUUGGUUUCAAAACUUCAAAGAGUUCAGCAAUAAUAUCUUCUGAUUCCAAAACUUCUUCUAUCUUUUCAGCGUCUGCUGUUAAGUCCUGUCAAUCACAAUUUGUAUCGUCUGUAGUAAAAUCUACAGAUAAUACAUAUUCUAAAAUCCCUGUAAGUAAGUUCCUACAAAUGACUUCAAGUUCAGUAAACCUACCAUCUUCCUCCAAACAAGUUACAAUGCCACCAGUAAAAGCAACUCAAUUUACUAAAACCUCGAUAUCUAAAUUUCCUCUUCCUGAAACUAAAUUUCAAUAUAAAGUAAUUCAUUUGCUCACUCAAAUUCUUGAGGAGCAGUGCAAGAUAUCGACACAGGAACCUGAACAUUCUUCAUAUCAUGUGCAGAAGUUCGAUAAUUUAGAGGAGUUUCAGGUUUUUGAUGAUGAACUUUCUGAUGUUGCAAAAUGUCUACUUUUAAAAAGACAGUUAACAAUGGUUGGUGGAAAUUCGUGUCAUGCAAAUGUCAAAGCCAUACUUUCUAAACUCAUGACAAACAAGUUGAUGGCAUGUUACAACAUGAAUGGAAAAAAUAAAAAAUCAUUCAUAAAAACAAAAGUAUUCAGAUUCAUUGUGGAAAGCAUGCCAAAGUACAAAUUAAAUGAAUUGCACCAAGCUAUUGGCAACGUUUUAAAACGUGCUCCCGACAGAAAAGAUGGUGGUGGGCGUGGCUGUAGAGCAGAAGAUGAACAAGAUUUUUAUAACAAUAAAUCUCAAUGAUCUUUAA